ACAAAAUGAAGAUUGUUCAUCAAACUAUAAGAUAUUAACAGAUUAUUAUGUUUCCGUGAUGAUCUUCUCCUUUGAAAACAUGAUGCUGUCUUCAACUCUUUUUCCAUUUAGUUUAAUCUUUGACUUAAUUGCAUAACCCUUUACCCUUUUCCAUGGUUCAAGCACCUGCCGCCCGAAUCCGACUGUCACCCGAGACCCGCCCAACCCGAAUUCUCAAAAUAAGUACAGAGAAGUAGAGAACUCUGACCAAAUCAAUGCCCGCCAUUUAUAGCAUUUUCCUUUUUGGAGCAUCACGUUACCAGUUCGCAACCGUAAACCCUAAAACUUCUCUCUUACUCUCCAAUCUCAAUCACUACUCCAAAAAUCCUCUCAAAUUCUUCACUUCUCCAGCAUCGAAUCGAUUCAUAUCUCAAUAAUUUCCUACAAAGCUAAUAAUUCGCCCCAAUUGAAAAAAGAGGGAUAUUUCCCCUAUAUAAACCCACUACCCACGAACCCUUAAAAACACUGGACAAAUUUCUUCAAGUUUAAUCGUAAAAUGGGCUCAGUCAAGCUCUAUCUCAACCGUCCGAUCUCUCUUUCUCGUCCGGCGGCUGAUAUUCAUCGUUCGAUUAAGUUGCGAGCAUGUCUUAAUGUGGAUGUGCAGCCACCGGAUUCUGUGAAGCUGAAUAUGAAGAGUAAGGAGGUGAUGGAGAUGGAGGCCAAGGUCCUGGUGGGGACUUAUGCAAGGAACCCUUUGGUGCUCGCCCAUGGCAAAGGUAGUAAAGUAUAUGAUCCUGAAGGACGAGAGUAUUUGGACUGCACAUCGGGUGUCGCAGUUAACGCCCUCGGCCAUGGGGAUCCCGACUGGGUUCAGGCAGUCACAGAGCAAGCCAAUUUGCUUACGCAUGUGAGCAAUGUCUACUAUUCAAUUCCUCAGGUGGAGCUGGCAAAACGCUUGGUGGAUUGUUCUUUUGCUGAUCGUGUCUUUUUCACAAACUCUGGAACAGAAGCAAAUGAAGCUGCGAUCAAAUUUUCUAGGAAGUUUCAGAGGGUUUCGCACCCUGAUGAGAAAAACCCAGCAACAGAGUUCAUUUCUUUUACAAAUAGCUUCCAUGGAAGGACUAUGGGAGCUGUUGCUUUGACAAGCAAAGAGCAUUACCGCUUCCCUUUUGAGCCGGUCAUGCCUGGAGUUACUUUCCUGGAAUAUGGCAACAUACAAGCUGCUAAGGAAUUGAUUAAAUGUGGGAAAAUAGCUGCUGUAUUCGUAGAACCUAUCCAGGGUGAAGGUGGCAUUUAUAGUGCAACAAAGGAAUUUUUGCAAUCCUUACGUAGUGCUUGUGAUGAAGCUGGGUGUCUCCUGGUUUUUGAUGAGGUUCAAUGUGGCUUGGGGCGAACGGGUUAUCUUUGGGCAUAUGAAGCCUAUAAUGUAGUCCCAGAUAUAAUGACCAUCGCCAAGCCUCUUGCAGGAGGCCUUCCCAUAGGAGCUGCAUUAAUGAGUGAAAGAGUUGCUGCUGCCAUGAAAUAUGGAGAACAUGGAAGCACUUUUGCUGGUGGACCACUUGUCUGUGCUGCCGCUUUCACUGUUUUGGAUAAAAUAUCAAGACCUAGUUUCUUGACCAGCGUCUCUAAGAAAGGUCAGUCCUUCAAAGAAAUGUUGAUUCAGAAGCUGGGAGGAAAUUCACAUGUGAAAGAAAUACGAGGUGUGGGGCUUAUAAUAGGGAUUGAACUGGAUGUACCUGCUUCACCUCUUGUAGAUGCCUGUCGAAACUCUGGUCUUUUAAUAUUAACAGCAGGAAAAGGGAAUGUCGUUAGAUUGGUACCUCCAUUGAUCAUCACAGAACAAGAAUUGGAGCGUGCAGCUGCUAUUUUGUCCGAAUGUUUGCCAGUACUUGAUAAGACGUUGAAGUGAGUAGAAAUCAUGUAAGCAUUUCAGGAUAUCAAGUGUGCAAAGUUGAUGCGUAUCAAACGAAGUCUCCCUACAGAGGCUUUUCAAUGUGUAGACGUUGAAAGCCAAGUUCUUGAUCUCUUUGUUCUUUCUUGCAAUUUUCAACAUCAACCUCGAUAAUUAAGGCAGAGAAUAUGCUAUGGCUGGGUAACAUAAGUUGACUGAUCCUGGGGGCUUCACAUUAGGGAGCAGCAUAUGUUAAUCCCAUUGAAUAUUAGCAAUCAAACCUCCAUUUGGAAAGGACAGCCAGCUACCAACCCAUGUAUCGAACUGGUAGAGGCAGAAAAGCCAGUGAGUUAGUGCAGAGAAACACAGUUAAGCACUGAUCAGAACCUAAUGUAGCUUAACCACUAGAAGAGGUGUCCGCUCCUGCAAGACACCGCCAGGACUCAGGAGAUAGUUUGGAGAGUCUGGGCCAAGCUUGAACCGGCAGACCACCAGGCAUUUGAUGGAUUUUCAGACGUUAUGUCUCGCUAGCCACUUCGUAGGGUUUCUUUGGUGGAUAGUUAUUUGGAGAGGGGACAGAAAUAAAGUCUUAGUCAUCAAGAGAUUUUUUAACAUAUUAUAUGUUAUUAUCGCUUAAUAAAGGUGUGGAAAGAAUAAAAAGGAAAAUCAUGAUUCUUUA